CAAUUGCACUUCAGGUGCGUUGGAACGAAGGCUUGCCCACCUCAAAUUGGAUUGGUCGUCCAAUUUGAGAGAGCAUCUUAAAGCUGUGUGAAAUGUGUAUUGAUAUUAUGUUGGUAGGGCGGCAUUGAGAGGCUGUUCAACAUGGUGCUGUGGAAUAAUGCUCAGUUUUGCAUCUUAGUACUGAGGACUUUGACCUCUUUAGUAGCAGUUUCCUAUGGAAGUAUUAGAGAUGGGAGCACAUUUAGGUUAACAAAUGAAGUGACCGAUCCGACGGCAUUUGGGACCAAAUUUAAAAGAGACUUUCUUCGUGACGUGAAUGAGUCCACUCCGACUGGCGUCAUAACUAGAAAUGGCUCUCUUGCCUUUGAUUCAGAUGGUCGGGAGGCUAACCAAACCACAGGUAUGGCUUCUUGGCACCUGUUGAUGAACGCUAAACUAAAUCGCAUGGGACCUUCGGUGCAGUGCGCUGAUGAUGCUAUGACCUUGCGGGUCAAGGGAGGGAAGACUCCCCAUUUUCUGGUUGACAAUGGUGACGGGGCUCUCAUUCCUGUGACUCGGAUGCCUUCUCAGUGUGGAUUCACUGUGAGAAGGUCACGCAGAGAUGUGCUUUUUGUAGCUCCAUACCAAGGCUGCCAUGUUACUGAGCAGGGUGGUGAUCAUGUACUGCAUCUAAAGCUGUGGGGGGAAUCCAUGACAAUGUCUUGUCCUCUUGCACCUCCUCGCCUGUCAGUCUCCUGCCUCCGAAAAGGCAUGGUGUUGAAUAUGGGUAAUAUUGCAGCAGAUGCACUCUCUGUAAAAGUUUCAAACGUAUGGGAGCCCCUGCUGUCAUCUAGACAACUUUGUGGAUUUACUGUGGCAUCGCAUUCUAGCAGAUUGAUGAUCAGGGCUCCUUACAAAGAACCCUGCGUCAAGAUGGAGGAUGAGGUCUAUGUUCUUGUCCUGCUGAUGAAUGGCCAACGGUUUGCAGUAUCCUGCAUAUCUCCACCUGGUGCUCCGGAAACAACUGAUCCCCUGACACCAGACAUUCUGCCUUACCCUCAGUUUCCCGGGCUGCCAGGUUCCCCCGGGUCCCCUCAGUUUCCGGGUCUGCCAGGGUCCCCUCAGUUUCCCGGGCUGCCAGGUUCCCCCGGGUCCCCUCAGUUUCCCUGGUCCCCCGGCUCCCCUCAGGUUCCUGGUCUGCCAGGUUCCCCUGGCUACCCUCAGUUUCCCAGCUCCCCUCAGUUUCCCGAUCUGCCAGGGUCCCCUCAAUUUCCACAGCUGCCGGGUUCCCCCAGCUCCUCUCAGUUUCCCGGGUCCCCUCAGUUUCCACAGCUGCCAGGUUCCCCAGGCUCCCCUCAGGUUCCCGGUUCCCCCGGCUCCCCUCAGGUUCCCGGUCUGCCAGGGUCCCCUCAAUUUCCCGGGCUGCCAGGUUCCCCCGGGUCCUCUCAGUUUCCCGGGUCCCCUCAAUUUCCCGGGCUGCCAGGUUCCCCCGGGUCCCCUCAGUUUCCCGGGCUGCCAGGUUCCCCUGGGUCCCCUCAGUUUCCGGGUCUGCCAGGGUCCCCUCAGUUUCCCUGGUCCCCCGGCUCCCCUCAGGUUCCUGGUCUGCCAGGGUCCCCUCAGUUUCCAGGGCUGCCGGGUUCCCCCGGGUCCCCUCAGUUUCCACAGCUGCCAGGUUCCCCCGGCUCCCCUCAGGUUCCCGGGCUGCCAGGUUCCCCCGGCUACCCUCAGUUUCCCGGGCCCCCAGGGUCUUCAGAUUCUGAGUCAGUAGAGCUGACUCCAUACCCUGAGUUCCCUGGACCAUUCCCAAUGACUGCCACUACAAUAGCUGCACCAACUGGCCCCCAGACACCAGACCUUCCUUACCCCCCUUUCCCAGGCUCCACUCUGUUUCCAGAACAGCCAGGGUCCCCUCAGUUUCCCGGGCUGCCAGGUUCCCCCGGGUCCCCUCAGUUUCCGGGUCUGCCAGGGUCCCCUCAGUUUCCCGGGCUGCCAGGUUCCCCCGGGUCCCCUCAGUUUCCCUGGUCCCCCGGCUCCCCUCAGGUUCCUGGUCUGCCAGGUUCCCCCGGCUCCCCUCAGGUUCCCGGUUCCCCCGGCUCCCCUCAGGUUCCCGGUCUGCCAGGGUCCCCUCAAUUUCCCGGGCUGCCAGGUUCCCCUGGCUACCCUCAGUUUCCAGGGCUGCCAGGUUCCCCCGGCUCCCCUCAGGUUCCCGGGCUGCCAGGUUCCCCCGGCUACCCUCAGUUUCCCGGGCCCCCAGGGUCUUCAGAUUCUGAGUCAGUAGAGCUGACUCCAUACCCUGAGUUCCCUGGACCAUUCCCAAUGACUGCCACUACAAUAGCUGCACCAACUGGCCCCCAGACACCAGACCUUCCUUACUCCCCUUUCCCAGGUUCCCCUCAGUUUCCAGGCUCCCCUCAGUUUCCAGAACAGCCAGGGUCCCCUCAGUUUCCCGGGCUGCCAGGUUCCCCCAGAUCCCCUCAGUUUCCCGGGUCCCCCGGCUCCCCUCAGGUUCCCGGGUCCCCUAAGUUUCCCGUGCUGCCAGGUUCCCCCGGCUCCCCUCAGUUUCCCGGGUCCCCCGGCUCCCCUCAGGUUCCCGGGUUUCCAUAUCUGCCAGGUUCUCCCAGCUCCCAUCAGUUUCCCGGGUCCCCCGGCUCCCCUCAGGUUCCCGGGUCCCUUCAGUUUCCACAGCUGCCAGGUUCCCCCGGGUCCCUUCAGCUUCCCUGGCCACCCUGCGUUAACGCUGCCCUUUUCAGACAUAAAGGAAAGGGGGGUAAGCAGAUGGUCCAGCCAGUGUACAACAUAAUGUUCAAGGACGAUGCUUCCCUUCAGUUGAGUGUUACACCGGCUUCAGCAGGUACCUCCAAGUCUUCCACUGUUAGUGUGGAGGACCAAAGAAGGAUUCCUGGCUUUGGGUCUCGCAGUAGGGAUGCACUCCCUCCACCUGCUCCCGAGAACUCGUAG